GCUCUGUUGUUCAUUCUGUCGGCCCUCGCCUCGCUGAGUGUGAUGGAGGUCGUUGAUUCUUUCCAAAAAAUGUGUCCCCAGUUUCUCAUAGGAGGUCAAACCCCAACUACUCCAAGGUGGGGUUAUUAUAAAAAGAUUUGUCAGCGCUGGGAGAAUAAAUACCAGUUUGCUACUCUGUACGACGUUACUCGGAGGAUCCCGGUUUACUCAGCCUACACGCUCAACACUCAGCUGAAAAUUGACAGAAAUGGAGAGUGGAAAAAUGAACCUCAGCUGGAGAGUAACAGCUUUGACAAGAAUAUGAUGUGGAUCAGAGAUGAAAAGAUACUGGAGAAUUAUAAUAACCAGGCUGUGGACAAAGACUACAAAGGCAGUGACUAUACCAGAGGUCAUGUGUUUCCGAAUCAGUUUGCUGGCAAUCCGGAUCAAGCCGAAUCCACCUUCACUUUCACCAAUGUAGCACCACAAACACAAACCAGUAAUGGACAAUGGGCUGCCCAGGUUGAGGAUCCGAUGCUCAAAGAGAUCAAGAGGGAGUGCUCGCUAAGUUCAAAAAACCCAGCUUAUAUCGUAACUGGAGUUGUUCCAGGAAACAACUGGAUAAAAAUAACAAGAGGAAGCAAAACUAUUACACAAGGAGUCAACAUUCCCAGUUACUACUGGACUGCUUACUGCUGCACCAACAAUAAAGGAGUCAGAAUAUCGAAUGCUUACCUGGCUGAGCAAAACACAGUGAGCAGCAAAACCAAAUCUAAACCCCAUGUGACGGUUAACCAGCUGAACGAGGAGCUUGGUAAACUGUAUAACACAAGGCCAUUCAGUGUGUUCGGAAACAGAUGUUAGAUGAGGGAACUUAAGUUUACAUCCACGUGCAUGCAACAUAAUCUGUGGCUAAAUUGGCUAAAUAAUUGUAACAAACUUAAUUGUUCCCUUAUUUGCACCCCAUAAAAAACACACACAGUUUUAAGUACUAGUUUGUUGUGGAAUGGGGCUUGUGGAAUAUCUGCUAGGUAAAAAAACAUACAAACGGCAUAAAGAUUAUUCAUUUGGAAGUAUGUACAUUAUCAUAGUAACAUAUAUUAUUAUUAUUGUCAAUUUUAUUAUUAAUGGCCUUAUUGUUACUCGUCAUGCUUAUAGGGCUAGUUUGACUGUACCUAGUGACACAACUAAAAAAAACAUUCUCUUAGUGUGAAGUAAAGGUUUGGGGUUUAAGACCUUGGCAUAAGACCACUGUUCUAUGUACUUUGUAAUAAGUGCAGGUAAACUUGCCCUAUUUAUGUGUUCCAGUCAGAUAUCAGAUAAAAUAAAAUUGUGGUGAUGGGAUGAAUUAGAACCCUGUAAGUACAGUGUUAGAACAUGAAGACUAUAAUCAUUGAAACGAAUCCAGUGUAUUAUUAAUCGUUCUUUAUUAGCCUGGAAUCAAAUGUUUGUUAAAAGAAAGAAUGGUAAAUAAUGUAUAAUCAGUAAUAAUAAUUAUAAAUCACUAUUAAAU